AUGAGGAAUAGUACUACUCAAUAUUUGACAACUGAUGCAAUGUACAAUAUUUUUCCAAUGUUACUAUUGAUGUUGGCUUUAACAACCGUUUGUUCAAAUGCCGUUGAAAGUUUUCAGAAGUUGAUUGCUGAAAUUUAUUCCCUCACAAACAAGAUUUUAAUCGAAAAUCCACUAAUUGCACAAUUAGAGCAAAUUUUACAAAUUUUGACGCAAAAUCCCAUCGAAUUUGGCGUCGCUGGAGCACUUUUUGUGAUCAACAAGGGUCUCAUUAUAUCUAUCAUGGAGCUGCUUGUUGGUUACUACACGAUGCUUUUGUCCUUCACACCUCGAUUAUCGAACUGCACUUAUAUAUUAGCGUUCGAAUUAGAGUCUCUGAGUCUCUUCGUCAUGAUCCAGUUGAAUCAAUAUUUUGCGUAUUGGUAUCACAUAAUCAUCUCAAUUAUCAUUGCGUCAGUCAGAGCGGUGCAAUUUGUGUUUUUUAUCGAUAUGUUGCAAGCGCGUCUCGGAAUGCUCAACGAAUGUCUCGAGGAAUGCGUUGAAUCGCAACUGGGAUUUUUGGAGAUACCGUCGGAUUUCUUCUUGCAUGACGUUUUGCGGAGAAAAUUGAGGCAACAGCGGUUGUUCCGGCAGUUUUGCGUGAUAAAAGACGUUUUUAAGAGACUUGGUGACGUUCAUCGACUCUGCAAUGAGGUUUUUGGGAACUCGAUGUUGGCGAUUGUCUUGCAGAUUUUUAUUUUUUUGUGUACAAAUACGUAUUGGAGCAUUUUGCAACACACGGAAAAAAUUUCAACGAUUUUUCCCAUGGAUCCUAUCGUACAUAUCAUUUCGCUGAGCAUUCAAUUGUUCUUCAUGGUCGAUCGAUGUACGAAAUGUCAGGCGCAUCUCGUUACGAUGAAAAAACUAAUCGAUAAGCUUGACCUAAAAGAGGAUCAGGACUUUAUCAAGGACUUUGCUCUUCAAAUCACUCAUUCCAACUUUACCGUAUCAGCAAAUGGCUACUUUGACUUCAACUAUCAGCUCAUAAGUUCAGUUUAUUCCUCUGUCAUGACUUAUAUUUUGGUUAUGGCGCAAUUCGAAGCCGAAGAAAGUUAA